AUGACGACCUGGCAGGGAGGACACAACUCGGACGGCUCAGUUGCGCGGGACGGCUCCGCAGCCGCUCUCUGUGUUGCGUCGGACCUUCGCAUCUUGAAGAAGUGUGGCCCGGCCUGUCGAGCUUCCUUCACUACGGAUCCCUUGAGGCCAACUAGACAGGGUAACAGUGUCUCGCAAGACACCACGCCGGACCUAACUCUGGUUGGAGGCAGGAUCUCGGCUACGUGGUGCAACACGGGUGAAAAUCUGGGUAGCGACCACAGAAUAAUUGAGAUAGUCAUAGAGGACGGUCCUUCAGUCGCUCGCACGAAGAAGCUAGAAACUGUGAAUUGGCAUGCUUUCAGGGAGAGUCGGUCCGGCCAGGAUGGCAUAGAAGACAUAGAUGAAUGGAGCAGGGGAGUUAUUCAAUCGGUCCACGAUGCAACUGAGGAAAUCGAGGUGGAUGAGAACCAGGAACGGGUUGACAGACACAUGAUAAACCUGUGGCGCAAAAAGCACGAGCUCAACUUGAGGCUCGAGCAGAAAAGAGGCGAUAGAAAUCUCCGCAGGCAGUUGGCUGCGUUGAAUAAGGAGAUAGAAGAAUACGCUUUGACCCUCACCAAGCAGAACUGGAGCAGCAUUUGUGAGCAAAUGGACCACAAAAUUGGUAGUGCAAGGACCUGGCAUCUGCUGCGGCACUUGCUAGACCCGGACAAAUCCAAGCUAGAGGCUAGGGAGCAGCUACAAAAGCUCGUUUACAAAUAUGAAGGAACGACCGAUGAGCUCAUCGCUGAGGUCAGGGAUAGAUAUCUCAGCUGUGUGGGGUCUGGGUCCCUGCCCGAGUAUUCGGGUUUAGGGAACCCAGAUCUUGACAGCCCGAUCACGGUAGGUGAGGUCAGGGCCGACAUAAACCGUCUGAGGACUAAGACGGCUGCAGGGCCGGAUAGGAUAAAUAAUAAGAUGCUCAGAAAUCUGGACGAUGUGUCGGUCAGAAAUCUGACAGCGUACAUGCAGGACUGUUGGGACAGAGGGCAGCUUCCGCCGGCGUGGAAGGAUGCCAACCUCGUCUUCAUUCCAAAGCCGGGAAAGAAACCUAGUUUUGAACAUCUAAGGCCCAUUUCACUUACUUCGUGCGUGGGCAAAUUAAUGGAACAUGUUAUUCAGAGCAGGCUGAAUAGGUUUCUGGAAGAUCAGGGACUGUACCCCGACACCAUGAUUGGUUUUAGGUCUCAUCUAUCGGCAUGCGACAUCAUGCUCCAGCUCAAAGAACAGAGACUGCUGCACGUUGGAGACGCUGGGACAUCUGCUUCAGGAAUGUCCAGCUUCCUCUUCGCCAAGAGUGGCUCUAGCGAUGUCUAA